UAAAACGGUCGCAAGUAGGCUACGUUACCCAUUGACUGCCUGUACCAUACAGGAAACAAUGAAACCGCUAGUCACUCUCGCCCUUGCGUGCGCGCUCUUCUCUGGAGUAUACGCACUGGAUUGUUACGAGUGUCUACUCACUGCCACUGAAACAUGCUUGUCGGAUGCUACAAAAACAUGUCCAGCGAGCCAAACCAACUGCAACAGUGCCACAGUAGCAGUCUACGUAGGAGAUACUCUGACUAGUACAAUAAAAGGGAUGUCAUGUGCAGCACAGGCUGAAUGUGUCAGUGGAUCUGUUAACUUUGGAAUCGCAAGGACAACUAUAAACACCGAAUGCUGUAGUACCGACCUCUGCAACACUGCGCUAGCUCCAGAAUUGCCAAACUCCUCCCCCAAUGGAAAGAAGUGUUUUACCUGUGUGGGUAAUGACUGCACAAGUACUUUGGAGUGCAAGGGAUCUGAAGAUCGCUGCAUUAAGGCCACAGUGUCUGGGCAGACAGUGACAAUGAAGGGAUGUGCCUCCCAAACUGUCUGUUCAGGAUCCUUGAAUGCUCAAAUAGAAAGCAUUGGUGUGGACGUGAACUGCUGUGAGGGAAACCUGUGCAACAACGCCCUGCGCAUCGGACAGAGUGUCCUCUUCCUCCUCCUGGUGCCCCUGGCCUCUGUCAUCCUCUUCAACUGAGCAGCAUGUUGACCUGUUCCCCUCACCUCACCCAGCCUUCCUCCUCCCCAAUUCAACAUCCACCAAUACAACUCUGCUUUCCGACCCCCUUGCCCUCCCCUUUCUGAUUGUCCCCAUCCCACAAGCACCAGCACCACGCUCGUCUCAUAACCCACAGUCCCCUCCCAAAUGCCUCAGUUACCUAGCGGUCAACUGCAGUCUGUUGGUAAUGUGCAAGAUCCUAAGUGUCACUUAUAAUCUGUUGUCUGUUAGCUCUCUAAGGCUAAAGGACCACUGUUCUGUUCAAGUUAAAUUAUUUCUACAGACGUUUUAAAAAAUUGAGUUUGGAUUAAUAAUAUAUCAUUAAGAUAAAAAAUGCAAUCUUUACAUAACAAUGCUGAAUGCUCAAAACAUAUUGUGUAUCGUUUCACAGGCAUAUGAUUGUUUGGUUGUAUUUUAUCCAUCCAGACACAUGAUCAUGCCUUUUAGUGAAUACAUUAUAGCAUUUCUUCUCACCAAGAACUCAGGGUGUUUUUUAAAAAUAUUAGUGCAAAAUUAUUUUGACUUUUUUUUAAAAUAAAAAUUUAAUGGAAAUCAAA